AUUUUAGUGGACACAUUUCCAAAAUAGUUGUUAAAAAAGACAACUCGGCAGUCCCUUUUCCACAAAAAAAGGGUUUGCUAGCUGUAGCAUAGCUAAUUUAUGAUAAGUAACCUGGUACCUCUUGAGAUGAACAUUAACGUUACUCCGUUGGGUCCUAAUGUUAGUAGAUACAUUUACCUAAUACGUUAUAAGUUCAGGUUGGUUUGGUGAAUAUAAUAGUAACUCUGCUAACACUAAAUACGUCUGUCAAAGAUCAUUGAAUGAGAUGUUUGACACCUAUGACAGUACUAGACCAUUACCAGCAUGUCGAGCAAAAGAGCCAAGGGGAAGACCCCCAAAAAGCGACCUCAGCGCGCUACUUCCAAUGUGUUUGCUAUGUUCGACCAGUCACAGAUUCAAGAAUUCAAGGAAGCAUUCAACAUGAUUGAUCAGAACCGUGAUGGAUUCAUAGACAAGGAGGAUUUGCAUGACAUGCUUGCAUCGCUUGGAAAAAACCCAACAGAUGAGUAUCUAGAGGCCAUGAUGAAUGAGGCCCCGGGUCCUGUCAACUUUACUAUGUUCCUCACCAUGUUUGGAGAAAAACUCAACGGCACAGAUCCUGAGGAUGUCAUUAGGAAUGCCUUUGCCUGCUUUGAUGAAGAAGGGACAGGCUUUAUCCAAGAGGAUUCUCUCCGGGAGCUCCUGACAACAAUGGGUGACCGGUUCACAGAUGAGGAGGUGGAUGAGCUCUUUCGGGAAGCUCCUAUUGACAAAAAAGGAAACUUCAAUUAUGUGGCGUUCACACGCAUCCUUAAGCAUGGUGCUAAGGAUAAGGACGAUUGAGAUAAGGACUAUAAGGACUGGACGUCCUGUUAUGCAAAGACAUCACGACACCAUAGAACAUCAUGGGUUCUUGAUCUUUGGUCUCAGUCUGAGUUAGAACAUGUUACAUGCUUCAGCUUCAAAAUGCAAGUCUCCAGCAUCAAAUGAAUAGUGAACUGAAGGCUAUUUCACAAUACAAUGUGAGUUUUGCACAUCAUUUAAUGUACACUGCUAUGCUACAUCAGCACUAGUGAGCAAAUGUAAUGGACAGCACAAUGUUGAGAGGUUAGGAGAUACAGAACCCUAAUCACUAUGGUCUGGUUUAACUGGGAUUUUUUAUUUUUUUUAAAGUGAUGACGGGCUAUUUCUGCAAUACACGAAUAGUGAUUAACUUAUGGGGAAUUUUAAAUGAAGGAAAGUAUCUCACUGAAAUGGUCUUAGCUAAAAAUGUAGACGUAUAUAAUAAUGCUCUAAUUUUAUGCAGUGUUUGCCAUUCCUCUCAUUAAAUCAUGAAAAUGUGUUGACCUGAGUUUUGUAGAGGAUGCUGAAACUAAAGGAACUGCUUGAGGCUUGCAUGGGUAUAGGUGCUCUGACAUGGUCUGUGAUGUCAUACAAGACAAAAGCACUCAUAUUUUACCUUCAUACAGUAAAGAAAUAACUCUGAAAAUGAUUUAAGGCAAAUGAUGGUACACAGAAUUUUUUAUUGACUUGACAUGAGAUGCAGAACAAUGGAAUACAUGUCCAACUGCACAUGAAUGAAUAAUUCCAUACAAUCCAUCUAGUUUUUACAUAAGAUAAGUACGAGUCUUAGAUUUCCAUAUAUUUCAUCCUAGACCAUCAAUAUUAAUCACAAUACUCUCCAGUUGAAGGGGGUAGAAUCAAAGACUAACCCACAUGAAAAAGACAAUGAUCUUAACAAGACACAUCUAACAGUAUGGUUAUAACAGGCCAUCUUCAAGUCAAGGAUAAAACUAAAGCUUAUAAAGCCUUACCAAAAAUGA